AUGGCCUCCGCGAAUUCUCUCACUCUCUCUACCGUAACAACGCCUUUCAAAUCGAAAUAUUUCCGCAAUUCACAACAUCUCCGGCUUAUCUCUCGUUCCAGGGCUUCUUACUCUUCCUCCACUCGCGAGAUUUCUCUCAAAUCGCGUUCAAGUUUCGACGUAGCUACUGUUCCUAUCUCGUGUAAGAACCGGUUUGACUUUCUUCCUCGUUGCGGCAUUUCGUCGAACGACUUUCCUACUGAGACGAAAAAGAGCUUCGGUGAGUGGGUUGAGUUUGCAGGAGAGGCGCUCUCGACGGCGUUUCCCAUAUGGGUUUCUCUGGGAUGCUUGUUGGGGCUGAUGAGACCAAGCGCCUUCAAUUGGGUCACUCCCGAUUUGAGCAUCGUAGGUCUCACGAUCACGAUGCUUGGAAUGGGAAUGACGCUGACCCUCGACGAUCUUCGUGGCGCGUUAAAGCUGCCCAAAGAGCUCUUCACUGGCUUUGUGUUGCAGUACUCGAUUAUGCCAUUAUCAGGAUUUCUAAUCAGUAAACUCUUAAAUUUGCCAUCACAUUACGCAGCUGGUCUCAUAUUGGUUGGUUGCUGUCCAGGCGGUACCGCAAGUAACAUUGUCACGUACAUUGCGCGUGGAAAUGUCGCGCUAUCAGUGUUGAUGACAGCAGCGAGCACUGUUACAGCUGUGAUCAUGACGCCGCUUCUUACGGCCAAGCUUGCCAAGCAAUAUAUCACAGUUGAUGCUCUUGGGUUACUAAUGUCAACGCUACAGGUGGUCCUUCUCCCAGUGUUGGCUGGUGCCUUUCUGAACCAAUACUUUCAAAAACUGGUGAAGAUUGUUUCUCCUGUGAUGCCUCCCAUUGCGGUUGGAACCGUUGCGAUUCUGUGUGGAUAUGCCAUCUCUCAGAACGCGUCUGCGAUACUCAUGUCUGGUCAACAAGUAGUCAUAGCUUCAUGCCUUCUUCACAUCUCUGGAUUUUUCUUUGGGUAUCUGUUUUCGAGACUACUCGGAAUCGAUGUGGCGUCAUCUAGAACUAUCUCUAUCGAAGUUGGCAUGCAGAACUCGGUGCUUGGAGUUGUUCUUGCGACACAGCAUUUUGGGAAUCCGCUCACUGCAGUACCGUGUGCUGUUUCUAGCGUCUGUCACUCCAUCAUCGGUAGUGUCUUGGCUGGAAUUUGGAGACGGGGUGCCCCAAAACAGCUUCAAGACUGA